AUGGUACUCACCAGCUCGAUGAAUUUGCGUCACCUCCUGCAGGUGCCUUGUCUCAGUCAAUGUCAAUCGAGUCAGUCUGGUUCAGUCAAGUCUAUAGGCCCAGCGAUGCUGCCUGAAGAUGUAUCAGCAAUUUCGAACGCGAAACCGAAUUUAGCGACCCCGUUCGCUACCGAAAUCGACACGCCUGUUGUGUCGUCGCGUUAUCAAAAGAGCAACUCUAAUCCGCACAAGUUCGCGACCAUCAUUUUAACAGUUUUCGUCGCUUACUCAAGCGCGGCAAAGCUCAACAGGGCGUAUCUACCACCGAAUUACGCUCAAACAUCUGGGGGAUCAGAAUUCCUUCAAACACCCUUAUCCAAUUCGUUUAACGGACAAGGAAACGAUGGAUUCAUUGCUAAAGAUACUAUCGCACAAUUCGGCAAUGAAUAUACAAUUGGCAAUGCCGUCAAUGCUCGUGCUGAACGUCCCCGAGCUGCGUUCGAAAGAAAUGCAGCUAUAGUACGUCAAUCCAAUGAAAAUGACGGUGAAAGAUAUUCUUACGCUUUCGAAACUGAAAACGGUAUUGUUGCUGAGGAAAAUGGAAUCGCCACAAAUGGUGUUGAAGCGCAAGGAGGGUAUUCUUACACUGGUGACGAUGGACAAGUAUACAGUGUCAGAUACACAGCUGGUCAGAACGGUUUCGUGCCCGAGGGUGACCAUCUCCCCACCCCACCCCCGAUCCCGCAAGAGAUCCAGUUGGCUCUGGAACAGAACGCUCGUGAUGAAGCUGCAGGAAUCUAUGAUGACGGUUCUUACAACGAAAACAAGUACACAAAUGACAACGGCUACGCAACUCCCAACUUCGUCCAACCUAUUGCCAACAUUAAAAACGAAGACUCAGUCGUCGUCAACUCCGCGACCACUGACUUCCAACCAGGAUUUGCCAACCUUAGGAACCAGCAAAAUGGACUUAACAAAGCCUAUUUACCUCCAUUUGAACAACGGUCUUCAGGAAAGAUCGGUGGAUUCGGCAACAGGAGUCGUCAACCCACUUUCAGCUCAAGAAAUGGCUACAAUUAUUAA